GUCCUUAGCAUUUCCGACCUCUUUUGACAAAAGCAGGCGGGAGCGAGCGCACACCGCACCAAGCCUCCUGAGCAGUGCUGUUCUCUGCUCGGCUCCUUCCAUUCCACUUCCACCACCGGUCCACCGCCAAUCAUCCACCCCACCACCCGUCGCCGUCGCCUCUUUCCUUUUCCCUCUCGCCCUCCUCCCUUCCCGAUCCUCCACCUCUCCCGGCCCAUCGCGAGCAGGACGACGGAGCAGGAGGGCGGCGACGCCGACGGGAUGUCGGGGGCGUGGGGCGGCACCACGCAGAAGUGCGCGUCGUGCGGCCGGACGGUCUACCCCGUCGAGGAGCUCGCCGCCGACGGGCGCGUCUACCACCGCCCCUGCUUCCGGUGCCACCACUGCAAGAGCACGCUCCAGUUUAGUAAUUAUUCUUCUGUUGAAGGUGUCUUGUACUGCAAGCCUCACUAUGACCAGAUACUGAAGUCAACAGGAAGUUUGGACAAAAGUUUUGAAGGUGUGUCCAGAUCAGCUAAGCCAGAAAAAUCAAAUGGACAUAAGGGCCAGCAAAGAAGUAAAUUCUCUAGCAUGUUUGUUGGCACACAGGAUAAGUGCGUAGUUUGUAACAAGACUGUGUACCCUCUUGAAAAGGUUGCCCUGAAUGGAAGCUCUUAUCACAAAUCAUGUUUCCGUUGCACCCAUGGUGGUUGUACACUCAACCCAUCCAACCAUAUCACACAUGAAGGCAAACUUUACUGCAAGACCCACCAUUCUCAAUUGUUUAUGGUUAAGGGAAAUUUCAGUCAAUUUGAGGACAACUCUGGGAAUGCAAAAGUAGCUACUGAGGAACCACCAGAAACAGAACAAGCCACCAAAAACCCAGGUCAAGGUGAUGGACUCACAGGCAAACUGUCAGAAAGCGAGCUUACAACUGAAAAUUCACCACAAAAUGAUGUUGCUGCUGAAAAACAACUGCAAAGUAGCAGUGAUGCCAUAAAACCAACUGAAAGCAUUACAACAAUGCAGACACCAGCAGGAAGUGAAAGAGCUACUGAGAGUGAGUCAAAGAGUAAUGUUGUCGACAAGAAGCUGUCAGAAAAUAGUGUAGAAAAGCCACUGCAGAACAGUGUGAAUGAUGUAAAGCCUUCAGGAAAUGCUGCAGCCAUAAGAAAGCCAUGGCAGCGUAGUCUUCAAACAGAUAAACCGUUACCGAACAGUACAGCCACUGAAAAUUCAUCACUGAGUGGUGCUGCCAUUGAGAAACCAUCACCAAGCAACGGGGCUGAUAUGAAAAAAUCUGAAAGCAGCACGGUUGUCAAAAGGCCAUGGCAAAGAAGUGUAGCUACAGAGAAUCCACCGCAGAGCAUUUUACCAUUAGAUAAGCCAUCAGUGACCAGUGCAGAUGAUGCAAAGCCUUCAGAAACUAGCAAAGUGGUAAAAAAACCAUGGCAACACACUGCUUCUGCUGAGAAGCAAACACGAAACAGUACACCAACUGAGAAGCCACAGAACAGUGUAGCUACUGAGAAGUCAUCACUGAUGACUGACAUGAAGCCAUUAGAUAACACCAUGGAAGUUAAAAGUCCAUGGGGACGCAGGAUAUUCAAUCAUAGGCCACCGAAGAGCAAUAUAGAUACUGUGAAACCGUCUGCAAGCAGUGUGGUUGAUGUGAAGCCAGCAGAAACCAGUACAGUAACCCCUGUGCCACAACAACACACAGAAGACAUUGAGAAACCUUCAGACACCAGUGCAAAUGAUGCAAAAAGUGCGAAUGAUAUGAAGAGUACAGAUGAUGUGAACCCAUCAGACACCAGUGCAGAUGAUGCAAAGAAUGCAGAUGAUACAAAGAAUGCAGAUGUUGUAAAGCCAUCAGAGAACACUGCAGCAGUAGUUAGAAAGUCGUGGCAACGCAAUAUAGGCGCUGAGAAGCAAACCAAGAGCAGUAAAGUUGAUGCAAAGACCACAGAAAGUAGUGGAGCGAUCAAAAGGCUGUGGCAGCGCAAUGUGGCAACUGAGAAGCCCUCACAAAGUGAUACGGCAGUUGUGACACCAUCAAAGAACAGUGUUGCUGUCUCCAAGCCUUUCCAAAAUAAUUCGGCCACAAAAAGGCCAUGGCAAAGAAGCAUGGCUCCAGACAAACAGAAAGAGAGUGAUUUAACUAGCAGUAAGCCAUCGCAAAGUAAGGUAUUGCAAAGCAAGACAGUUGUUGAGAUCCCCAUGGAAAGCAAGAUAGCUGUCAAGGAAACGUUACAAAGCAUUGCACCUGCUGAGGAACCACAGCAAGUCAUUUUGGCCACUGAAAACAUAUUGCAAAUGAGCAAAGAUACAAAGAAGAAUGAUGAUACUUCCGAGAAGCUACUGACAAGUGAGUCAGCUGAAGCGCCAUCACUUCCUACAAGUAAGUUGCAACAUGAUGUUUCCUCAGAAAGUAAAACUGAAUCAUCGCAGAGUGACACUGCUGCUGAGAAGAUGCUUCAAAACACUAUCUCUGAGAAGGUAGAGAGUGUAGUGAAGCCACUUCAAAGUGAUACAGCCCAUCAGAAGAUCUCGGAGAGAGAGUUGGCGACUGAGAACAUAUUGGAAAGUGCCAUGGCUGUUGAAAAGCCACAUGCAAGCACUUUAAUCGCCAGUAACCCAUUGAUAGAAGAUGUUGCAGAGGAGCCAGUUCAAACCAGUGAACUAUCUGAGCAGCCACUGCAAAAUAAAGAGGCUGUUGAGAAGCCAUAUCAAAGUGACGAGAUAGUUGCAGACAUGACAGGGAGUGAAGUCUCUCGUGAGAAGACGCUAGAGCCUGAAAGUGAUGCCACUCCCAACAAAUCAAACAAGGAUCCAUUAGAACAUGAAGAUCUUCCAUCUGGCGAGAGUUCUAUGGACUCCCAAAGCAAUACAAUUGCUGAGCAGCCAUUAGUGCCUCAAGUUGUUGUGGCGGAGAAGGCAGCUUUGCAGAUUACAGAAGCAGAAAAUGAUGCAGUCGCUGAGCACUCAUCAGAAUCUCAGAGCAUGGCAUCUGGUGAGAUUCUAAAGGAGCAACCAUCAGAACAUCAGAAGGAUGUGGCUAUGGAGCAACCACUGGAGCCUCAACAUGAAAAAGAUUCUUGGAAUCCAGUAGAGCCUGUUAGUGAUACAGCUGCCAAUGAGACAGCAGAGCCUGAAAGCCACAUAAGUGCAGUAAAGCCUGCAGAAUCACGAAAAGAUGCAGAUGACUCAGCCGAGCAGUCAUCAGAACCGCAAAGCAAUGAGAGCAGUGCUUCUUUCAAUAAGGCAUCAGAUUCUCAAAAUGAUGCAACUGCCAUGGAACCACCAGAACCUCAAAUUGAUGCUUCUCCUGGUAAGGCAACUGAUCAGCCAUUGAAGCCUCAUGAUGAUGCAUCUGUUGAGAAGCCACCUGAAACUGAAAGUAAUGCUAAUUCAGAUAAACCGUCAGAAAGCAGCUCAGCUACUGACACACUGUCUGUAGACCAUCCAAAUAACAGCAUAACUACUGAUGAACCUGUACCAGGAGGCAUUUCUGAUGAAACAUCACAUCAGAGCAGUGCACCUAUAGAAACACCAUCAGGAAGUGAGAUAGUUGUUGAGGAUUCAACACACAACAAAGAAACAAUAAUCAAACCAUCUGAGGAAAGCAUAGCUAUUGAGAAGUCAUCGGAGGAAGAAGAGGUGAGUGUUAAGCCCCCGGAGGAAGACAAUGCAGAUGCAGAGCCAUCAGAAGACAGUGCUUCUCUUGAGAAACAAUUGGAGGCUCAUGAGGUGAGUGCCAAACCUUCAGAGGAUAUUGUGACUCCUGACAAGCCAAUGGAGGAGGGAGAGGCAAGCGUUGAGCCAUCAAAAAAGAGUGCCAAACCUUCAGAGGAUAUUGUGACUCCUGACAAGCCAAUGGAGGAGGGAGAGGCAAGUGUUGAACCAUCAAAAAACAAUGCUUCUCCUGGGGAACCAUCAGAGGAAAAUGAGGAGAGUGUCAAGCCAUCGGAGGAUGUUGUUACUCUAGAGAAGCCUUUGGAGGAAGGUGGGGCAAGCACGGAGCCAUCAAAAGACAAUGCUGCUCUUGAGGACGCAAAGGAAGAAGAAAAGGUGAUUCACAAGCCGUCUGAGGACAGAGUAGCCCUUGAGAAGCCAUCAGAGGAAGGCGAGGCGAAUGCAGAGCCAUCAAAAGACACAGCUGCUCGUGGAGAAACAAAAGAGGAAGAUGAGGUGGUUGCCAAGUCAUCGGAGGCCAGUGUGGCUCUGGAGAAACCAUUGGAGGAAAGCGAGGCAAUCCCAGAGCCGUCAGAAGAAAAUGCUGCUAUGGGGAAACCAUUGGAGGAAGAUGAGGCAAAGGACGAGCCAUCAGAGGACAGCGAGGCUCUUGGGAAGCUACAGGAGGAAGUGGUUGACAGUGUCAAACCAUCAGAGGGGGACGUGGCUUAUGAGAAAUCAGCUGCUGACAAGCCAUCAGAAGUAGACAACGAGGAGCUGUCCCACGACAAUGCUAUUGUCGAGCCGCCAUCUCAGGACGACACGGCCACUGCCAUUGAGAAGACCGCAGCUACAACUGACACUGCAGAAACUGCCUGAGACAGCAGUUGGCCGGUUACAGUUAGUUAGAAACAGUUUUAACAGUGUGUGGAUCAAAUAUUAUCGUUGCGAGUUUUCGGCGUGCCUUUUGUUUGAUUUCGAUUUUCUUUUUCUCUGUAUACAAUGCUUGAGUUGUAAAAUUUUAGGGAAAGAAACUAUAGGUAUUGAUUUGAUUUGAUUUUUUUUCACAGGCAAUAAUCUCCUCCCCUUGUUAGGACUUUGGAGGAGGAUGCCAUUGAGGUUUUUACAUAUAGGAUUGUCGUGCGGUUUGAUUUCUAUUUCUGUACAUCAGAGAUGCAUUUUGUAAAUGAUUUUGUGCAAAAAAAUUAUAGUAAAUUGCUAUGUUUGCUUAUUAUUUAA